UGAAAUACAUUGGGGAAAACCUUAAUUCAUCUGUUAUCUUUUAAUGGAUUGUGCUGGCUGCGAGACCAAAAUCAAGAAGGCUCUUCAGAAAGUAGAUGGAAUUGAUGAUACAGACAUAGACAUGGCCAUGCAAAAGGUGACAGUAAUGGGUUGGGCAGACCAGAAGAAGGUUCUUAAAGCAGUAAGGAAGACAGGAAGAAGAGCAGAGCUAUGGCCGUACCCUUAUAAUCCUGAAUACUAUAACUUCAACCAACAGUAUUACUGUCUGCAGAAACUAGAAACCCAACCAGCUGCACUCACCUAUUAUGAAACUCAGUACUCCACUUCCUCUUACAACUACCGAAAGCAUGGAUACAGUAAUGAGGACUAUGGCUAUUACCAAACGCCACCGUAUUCAAUUGCUGUUGAUGAACAGGCUAGUGACAUGUUCAGUGAUGAAAAUCCUCAUGCUUGCUCUAUAAUGUGAUGAUUUCUCAGGACACAGUUUCUCCAUAUAUUUAGAGUUUGAUUUUGAGUUCAAGAGUUCUUGUAAUAUAUAUUGUUGUUUCUGUGAGGGAAAAUUAACG